AUGAGUUUCUCUUCUGCAGCCUCUCCCUGCACUGUAGUAGUACCCUUUUCCCGGGGCCUCUGUGGUGCUCCUGAUGCCCCUCUCCCACCCCUGAAGAUCCCAGGUGGGCGAGGGAAUGGCAUAUGGGAUCACUCUCCUCCAGCUCAGCCGCUCUACUCAGAUCGAAAGUUGACUGUUACUGAGGAGCCGGCAGGGAGCGGUCGCCCGAGGAUUCUCCACUUCCAAAGUCGACCGGUUGCUACACGGACUGUUCAGUGGGACACCGUCCUGAGCAGCAGCGCCCUCUACGUGGAGAUCCCUCUGGACCCUCUCCCUGAAGGCAGCAAGGAGAGUUUUGCGGCGCUGCUGGAGUUUGCAGAAGAACAUCUGAAAGUCGUUAGCGUGUUUGUCUGCUUUUACAAGGAUAGAGAUGAUCGUGCUAAACUCGUGCGCACAUUCAGUUUUCUUGGCUUCGAGAUCGUGAAACCAGGCCAUGCCCUCGUCCCGCCUCGUCCCGACGUGUUUUUCAUGACCUACAACUUCGACAGGGACGACUCCUCGGACGAAGAGUGA